CGCGUGAAAUGACAAUGACAAAAGCGUGGUUGAUUUUCAGUUUGUCUGUUGUGGCAGUCCUGUUUUCACAGCCAGCGGAUGCCCUUGUUCGGUUGGCACCAGCGAAUGUUGAUUAUGGUGACUUGCAUUCAGUCAAACGGUGGAUCGAUUUCAAGAAGCGUGCUUGGUCGGAUUUCAAAAGGAAUGCAGCUUUUGGAUACCCGGAGGACAGACCAGAAUACGAAUAACGGAGCCAGUUCCUGAAACGCUGAUUUCUCCUGCUUUUUUGCUCUUACCGUGUAAAAUGUGCUAAACAUGGGCAACUGAAAUAAACAUUUGCUCGAAUUUUCGGACG